AUAAAUUUGAAUCGAAAAUUUGAGUUCCGUGGGAACCGCCUCUCUCAUUUCUCUCUCUCUCUCUCUCGCUCUCUGCGGCUCUCAGAACCCUACCUAGGGUUUUGCUCUGCGUUAAUUUAUUUUGAUACGAAUUUAUUGAUUUAUCCAAAAUUUUUCAUCUUUACACCAAAGUGAAAAAUUGUUGUUAACACAAAAUUUUUCAGAGAGAGUAUUUUUUGUAGCGCAGAUAAGGGGAGGGGGCGAUGGAAUUUGGGGGGCGAAAGAGAGAAAGACCAGACGGCGCUUUUACCGGUAACGGAGGCUACAAAAAGUCCAGAGAUGAACUGGAGUCCUUUACAACUGGUGUAGGAAGCAAAUCAAAGCCAUGCAUGAAGUUUUUCAGCACAUCUGGAUGCCAGUUUGGUGAGGGAUGUCAUUUCUUGCACUAUGUUCCGGGUUAUAGUGCUCAUUCACAGUUGGCAAAUUUGGGUGCAACUCCAGCUGUGCCAGGUGGUAGAAAUGUGCCGUUCAGUGACGGUCCUACUCUAACUGUCAAGACCAAGCUCUGCACCAAGUUCAACACUCCGGAAGGAUGCAGAUUUGGUGACAAAUGCCACUUCGCUCAUGGUGACAUGGAGCUGGGGAAGUCACUGGCUCCUGGGUAUCAAGACCCACGAUCAAUGGGACCAAUGGGCAGGCUAUCUGGACAUUUUGAACCAUCCCCUCCAGGCUUAGGCGCUGCAGCUAGCUUUGGUACAUCAGCGACAGCAAAGAUCAGUAUUGAUGCCUCCCUUGCUGGGGCUAUUAUUGGAAAGAAUGGGGUGAAUUCCAAACAUAUUUGUCGAGCCACAGGUGUCAAGCUUUCUAUAAAAGACCAUGAAACUGACUCCAAUCAGAGGAAUAUUGAACUUGAAGGAUCCUUUGAUCAAAUUAAGCAAGCUAGUGGCAUGGUACGUGAACUCAUAGCGAAUAUUGGUGGGCCUACAAGUCGUACCAGUAAUACAUCCGGUUCCUUCGGUCGUGGUGUUCCUCCAGCUAGGCAGUACAAGAGUAAGAUGUGUGAAAAUUUUCCAAAAGGUUCUUGCACAUUUGGGGAUAGAUGCCAUUUUGCUCAUAGUGCUAGUGAGCUACGCAAGCCUCCAACAUGAGCAAACACCCUGUGCCUUUUGUGUUGAGCUUUAAAUUUUACAUAAUAGCAGCUUUGGAAGAAAGAGAUAUGGUAAUUUUUACUGUAUUAGAGCUCAUUGAGUUGUUUACUUGCUUUUAUCCUUUUAAGCUUCUAUUAUUCGAGCCUCAUCUGUUGCUUUACGGGCAUGUAGCUUUUGAUACUUUUUUGUGGUCCUUUUGGAAUCUUGGGGAUCUAAAAUGCUUCUAUAUUUGUUUCAGAUGGAACCUUCCUUAAACAAAAUAUUAUCCAAGUUUCGCCAAGCUAAUUUCAAUUGAGAAGUUUACUUCCGUGU